GCGCGGGGCUAGAGCUCUCGGAGAAGCGGGACCGCGAGGCCGGCGCGCGGCGCUCAGCGCGGUCAGAGGGAGCGCCUGGCAGCAGCAGGAGCAGCAGCAGCAGCCCGCGGGGCGGCCGCCGCCAGCCGCCGCGACCGCCGCGGCUGCAGCCUCCGAAGGGAGGCCGAGUGAGCCGGCGUACGCACUUUCCCGCGGACUUUCGGAGUGUUUGUGGAUAUACAUGCCAAGCCGCCACGAUGAUGUCCAUGAACAGCAAGCAGCCACACUUUGCCAUGCAUCCCACCCUCCCUGAGCACAAGUACCCGUCGCUGCACUCCAGCUCCGAGGCCAUCCGGCGGGCCUGCCUGCCCACGCCGCCGCUGCAGAGCAACCUCUUCGCCAGCCUGGACGAGACGCUGCUGGCGCGGGCCGAGGCGCUGGCGGCCGUGGACAUCGCCGUGUCCCAGGGCAAGAGCCAUCCUUUCAAGCCGGACGCCACGUACCACACGAUGAACAGCGUGCCGUGCACGUCCACUUCCACGGUGCCGCUGGCGCACCACCACCACCACCACCACCACCACCAGGCGCUCGAACCCGGCGAUCUGCUGGACCACAUCUCCUCGCCGUCGCUCGCGCUCAUGGCCGGCGCGGGCGGCGCGGGCGCGGCGGGCGGCGGCGGCGGCGCCCACGACGGCCCGGGGGGCGGUGGCGGCCCGGGCGGCGGCGGCGGCCCGGGCGGCGGCGGCCCCGGGGGCGGCGGCGGCGGUGGCGGCCCGGGGGGCGGCGGCGGCGGCCCGGGCGGCGGGCUCCUGGGCGGCUCCGCUCACCCUCACACGCAUAUGCACAGCCUGGGCCACCUGUCGCACCCCGCGGCGGCGGCCGCCAUGAACAUGCCGUCCGGGCUGCCGCAUCCCGGGCUGGUGGCGGCGGCGGCGCACCACGGCGCGGCAGCGGCGGCGGCUGCGGCGGCGGCCGGGCAGGUGGCAGCGGCGUCGGCGGCGGCGGCCGUGGUGGGCGCGGCGGGCCUGGCGUCCAUCUGCGACUCGGACACGGACCCGCGCGAGCUCGAGGCGUUCGCCGAGCGCUUCAAGCAGCGGCGCAUCAAGCUGGGCGUGACGCAGGCCGACGUGGGCUCGGCGCUGGCCAACCUCAAGAUCCCGGGCGUGGGCUCACUCAGCCAGAGCACCAUCUGCAGGUUCGAGUCGCUCACGCUCUCGCACAACAACAUGAUCGCGCUCAAGCCCAUCCUGCAGGCGUGGCUCGAGGAGGCCGAGGGCGCCCAGCGCGAGAAAAUGAACAAGCCCGAGCUCUUCAACGGCGGCGAGAAGAAGCGCAAGCGGACUUCCAUCGCCGCGCCCGAGAAGCGCUCCCUCGAGGCCUACUUCGCCGUGCAGCCCCGGCCCUCGUCCGAGAAGAUCGCCGCCAUCGCCGAGAAACUGGACCUCAAAAAGAACGUGGUGCGGGUGUGGUUUUGCAACCAGAGACAGAAGCAGAAGCGGAUGAAAUUCUCUGCCACUUAUUGA